AUGGCUCGACAGGUUAUAAGCCCAACGAUAGGGAGAAGCGGGGAAGACUUCCCACGCCUCAACGGCUCCAACUUCCCAGUGUGGAACGCUCGCAUCCGCGCAGCUCUCGACGGUCAAGGCCUGCUAGGCUUCAUCGACCAGGGUGACUCGGACUCGUCCAUCGUCGACUCCGACGACGACCAAGACCUCAAGCCUUCCCACCCUCGCCCACCAAACGACGGUCUGGACGCCGAUGACGCCAAACGCGACGACAGCACGUCCCAACCAAAGCCUGGGUCCUCGUCCGACGCGUCGUCGGACUCUUCGUCGGGCAACUCCUCUGAGGCGAUGGCAACUGACCCUCAGUCGUCCCGCUCCGCCAAGCCCACCCCGCCGCCCCCGGUGAUCAAGUCCUUCACCGAGACCAAGCACGACAAGGAAAGACGCCGAGCACUGCUCCGCGCACAGGCCAAGAAGGCUCGAGCGAAGCUCUGA